AUGGCGGCCGGUACACAAAGUGGAAAGCGAGAUGACGGCCCUCCAUCUAGCGAGGAUAUUGAGCCGACCGAUCUACCAAUCCGAGGAGGUAAUCAACAAACUAGUUCUUCCGAGACAGUCGAUCUGCUGGGACUGCACAUGAAGGAGGUUAUUUCGACAAUCAACCGACUCGAAAGUCUUGGUUUACAGCGAAUGGAUAUCCCCUUGCCAAAAUGUGUUGUUUUGGGUGAGCAGUCUGCAGGAAAGUCAUCCGUCAUUGAGGCGAUAUCGGGCAUCAAGACUCCUAGGUCUGACGACACAUGCACUCGGUGCCCUUUAUUUAUCAAGCUAGAGCCUUCAGAAGAUCCCCGCACUAGUUGGAGCGCAAGCGUGAGCCUUCGCCGCAGCUUCAACUAUGACGGCAAACCUGGUCGAGGAAGCGAGAGACGGUUUCGUGGUUGGUGCGAGCUGACGCAGCCAAUUGUCAUACCGUUCGCAACUACGGAUAAACCAGAGGAGCUGGAGCAUAUCAUUGGUCGCGCCCAACUCGCAACCAUCAGUCCGCUGGUCGACUACCAGGAGUUUCUGGGUCCAUCUCUCCACCUUGGAGAGCAUCAGUGCGAGUUCAGCCCAAAUAUCGUCUGCAUCUCAAUCAGUCAGCCGGGAUUGCCAGCACUAAGUUUCUACGACUUGCCUGGCAUCAUCGGACAAGCAGAAACUGAAGAUAAGGGAUUUCUCGUCAUGUUUGUACGUGAGCUGGUUACAGAAUACGUGCGCGAUCCUGAAGCUCUCAUCCUUCUAUGCUGCUCUUUAGAGACUGAUAUUGCCAACUCAAGUGCUGGUGGUAUAGCAAGGAAAUUGAAAGCAGUUAAUAGAUGCAUUGGCGUUCUUACUAAACCCGAUCGAUUGCCAGCAGGAUCACGCCACGAUAAACUGAAAGAAGUUUUUGACCAAAAGAGAUUCGCUCUAGGCUAUGGAUAUUUCGUUGUCAAGAAUCCCGGCCAAGAUGAGAUCAACCAGGGAAUCAGCCACAGAGAGGCACGUACACGAGAAGAGCAUUUCUUUCGCGAAGACACAACCUGGUCUAGUACAUUCAAGGCAUACGAAGAAUACUUUGGCACACUAAAUCUCCAAGCUUUUCUUUCCAAAACGCUAGCAGAGCAGAUGAUCAAGCGGCUACCAAUGAUUGAGCAGCAUAUUAUUGAACGUCUCUCAUGGGUAGAGCAAGAACUUAAGAAAUUUCCAGAGCCAGCUACAGCUAACGCUUCUCGCAUUAUAUCAGAUAUUAUUCUUGACUUCUCUCUAGAUGUACGCAGAGAGAUUGAAGCUGAGUUUCCCCAUAAAGAAUGGCGGAAUAAGUGGAAGGCUUUGCAGAAGAACUUUUCUACUUACUUAGAAAGCAUCAAGCCAACUAUAAAGCUUCGUGGAGCUGACGACGAAUCUGUGUAUUUCGACGUACAGGCAGCACUCCCUGGUGCCUCGGCGAAGGUGCCGAUCUCACUAUCUGAUGACGAUGAAGAUGAAGAUGGUGAUACCUCCGCCGUUAGGGACAGCAGCGACGCAUCUAACAAGUCUCCAAAGAAGAAGCGAAAGAUCGAUUCAAGUACGAGCCACCAGGGAGAUUUAGACUUCAAACACCUAAAGAAAACGUUUGAUCUUGACGAGGUUCGGGAAUAUUUGGCAGAGAAUUCGCAGUCUAAAGUUCCUGGCCAGAUCGAACCGCGGGUCGUUGAUGCGAUGAUGUUGACAGCGAUUCGAUGCUGGGAGGAGCCACUCAGCCAUUUCUUCGACAAUUACAAGGCGCAACUUCACAAGCAGAUUCAAGGAUUGUUUAAGAAACACUUCGAGAGCCGCAAAGGAUCCAUGUUUUACGACAAGGCGUGGGAGAUCCUUCAGAAACUAAUCGUGCCUGACUACGACAUGGCACGCGACAGCCUCAACGACGAAAAGCAGGGUCCAUACAUUUUCCAUGAGGAUCUCUUCGAACGUGAGAAGAGCGUAAUGCUCGAGUUUUACCAGCAGCACCGUCUCAGGAAUCGACUUGCUCUGUACAAGCGGAAGAAGGAGCAACACACAAAGAAGCCGUUCACCCCUGCUGAAGAAGAGCGAGUCAAGAAGACCUCGAUGCCUAUUCUAGCACACGAGCCUUAUGCCCGCGAGAUUGGCGUUAUCGCACAGGUGACCACGUACUACCUGCUCGCCGCUCGCCGCUUCCAUGACGCUGUCUGCAUGCGUAUCGAGUCCAAGUUCCAUAGGGGGCUGUGUACGCAGCUGCGUAAUGAGUUGGAGAAGGGCCUGGGCAUACGGAAUGACACUGAAAGCUAUAAAAAUGCGAUUCGCCUCCUUGCCGAACCGACGGAUCGUUACAAGCAGCGCAUGGAUCUGGUGGGGCAGCGCAUGGAUCUGGUGGGGCAGCGCAAAGCCUUACUUCAGGGCCAAAAGAUUCUUAGGGAUCUUCAGAACAAGUACGGCGGCAGCAGUGGAGCUGGCAUGCCUGCCGACGAGAAGAUGGAGGAUGUCGAAGAUAUGUUGUAG